AUAGCGAAUACAUAUCACAGCCUGUGUCUGUGUCUGUGACCCUCCAUCCAUCCUAUCGCGAGCGUGUGCCCCGGUGGCUUCUCCAAAGGCCUGAGUCAAGUACUCACGCUGCUAUUUCAACACGCGCGCUCUGCUCACUCACUGCUCCCUUCCUGGUUGGCUGCGUUGCUCACUAGAUUUCUAGCUGUGUUUACUAUUCUGUGUUUCAAUCGCCAGCAUUCUUUUUGGGUGCACGGUCGUAAAAGUGCCCGGCUUUGUGUUUUCAUACAGAGUUCGAGUUGGUGCAGCAAGUCGUUUUGACGAAAUAGAAACCUGUCCCACUUGUCGUGUGCCUAAGGGAGACUGAAGUACAGCGAAAUCACUGUUGUGGCGAUACAUUCUAUCUGUCCUAGGACUUCAGGUCUCAUUCUCAUUUGAAGCACAGUGAAAGAGGACUUAUCAUAACACAAUGGCCGGACUCAGGAAGGCAAAGAAGUAUGACUGGAAAGACACAAAUCUCGCUCUGUUUGGAUCAGACUUGGAGAAAAAUGUCAAAAAGGAGUCUGCUUCCAUGGAAGUAGCAUGGAAAGGAGCAGGACAAAAGCCAGGACUUCAGGUCUGGCGUAUUGUGCAAUUCAAGGUGACCUCUUGGCCUAAAGAAGAUCAUGGGAAGUUUUACUCCGGAGAUUCCUACAUUAUUCUGAAUACAUACAAAGAGGAAGGUGGUGACCAACUGCUCUACGAUGUUCACUUCUGGAUUGGACGAGAGAGUUCUCAGGAUGAGUAUGGCACUGCAGCCUACAAGACUGUUGAGUUGGACACUUUCCUGAAUGAUGUUCCCGUACAGCACAGAGAAGUGCAGGGCUUCGAGUCUGAUCUAUUCAAGUCUUACUUCAAGACCAUCACAGUAAUGAAGGGCGGAGCCCAGACUGGCUUCCGUCAUGUGGAGCCGGAGAAGUACAAGCCCCGCCUCCUGCACUUCUGUGGGCAGAGAAGACAGGUGGAAAUUAAAGAGGUUCCUCUCAGCAAGGAUCGUAUCAAAUCAGAUGAUGUGUUCAUUCUUGAUCUUGGCAAGACGAUUUAUCAGUGGAAUGGCUCAGGCAGUAACAAAGAUGAGAGGUUUAAGGCUGGCCAGUUCUGUCAACAACUGGAGUCUGAGCGGUGUGGACGGGCAAAGGCUGAUGUGUUGGAGGAGGGCAGCACAGACCCCUCGCAUGAAUUCUUCCAAGCCUUGACCGAUGAUGAUGAAGAUGACAGCAAUGAUGAGUUCAAUGCUCAAGAUGGCCAGCAGGAACUGUUCAGAUUGUCUGAUGCCAGUGGAAGGAUGACAUUCACAGUUCAGAAGAAGGGAUCAGUGUCCAAGUCAGAUUUUGACACAAGUGAUGUGUUCAUUCUGGAUGCCAAGAAGUCCCUGUAUGUUUGGGUUGGAAAGGGCACAUCCAAGGCAGAGAAGAGAAAUGCCAUGCAAUAUGCUCAUGAGUACUUGAUGAAGACAGACCAUCCUCUCAUCUCAGUGAGCUGCAUGCAGGAAGGCCGAGAGUCCAGAGACUUUGUGUCUGCCCUAGCAGCAUAAACACAGUGUUGAUUUUUUUUCUUAUGUCUAUAUAAUUACAAUUAUAAUAAGAUUGAAGGGCAAAAUCCCGCAGGCUGUAUGGUCAGAUGCAAUGCCUACAACAAUUACAAUUAAUUUUUAUGACACAGCCUGCGAAAUAAGUAUAAGUGGAAGCUUCAAAACUCAAAAUGUUUCACUGAGAACAACCAUCUCAAACAGAAGGCAGCAUAGCAGAACAUUUCUUUUUUUUCUUAUUUUGCAUUUGCUUGACAAACAUCUUGUGUGAAGUGAAAAAAACUACAGCUGAUUUCAAUCAUAAAGUAAAAAAAGAUGUUUUUAUUUGUAACCAUUUCCAGAAUCAUGACACAGAGUGAUAAAGAAAAAAGGUUCCAGAAAUAAGGAAGGCUCUUUCAUUACUCCUAAUUGCUCCGCAGAUAUGUAGGCCUACACAAAUUUCAGUGUCAUUUGUAUCACAUUCUAAAAAUGAUGAGUGUACAGUUAUUGUGUUCAAAUAUUUUGGAUAUUUGGUUAUCUUGAAUGUAACUCAAUAUAAGCAUGAUUUUUGUCACUGUUUUGGGUUUUUUGUUAUUGUUGGAGAUGUUUUCUUUAAUCCAUACAGUGAUAUUGUGUUGUCAUUCAUUAUCCUUUUAUAUGCAUGUAAUUUUGUCUGUUUCAACUACAGUUAGACUGAGGAUGGUUUACCACAUUGUUUGAAUAGUGUGAAUUGUUGUUGGGUUUUUUUCAUGAACAUUUUUUUCAUAUUUUUCCUCCUUUUUUGUUUUGAUGUUAUGGGAGAGGGUAAAAGUAGAUAGAAAAUGUUUUCUUAGAGUUUUCCAUUUCUGCAUGCCAUAGAUAUAACAACUAUAACGUUGUGUAAGGGAACUUCCAAGUAGCUAUGUACCUACCGGUCAUGUCUUCCAAAAACUUCUUAUUUGACUGAAAUGCAAUUUUUUAAAAUAGUCUCUAGCUGUGCACGUAUGUGCUAAAACUUUAACUUCUGACAUGUCAUUCCAUAACCAGCUAUGUGAUAAACUUGUGUGCUCAAAGUUUAAUUCAUUUUUAUAAAUCUGCUCAGAGCUGAAUGAUCAAGUAAGUACCAACAAAACUAAAGAGCUUGUCUUACAGACAUAGCAAGAUCCAGUUGGGUGCUUGGAAUGUUUUGAAAUAAAUUUGGAAAGAAGCUGCCAAGUUCAAAGUUGCUCUAUAAAAAUAAAAUCUGUGAAAGUAUAUGAAGAGUACGGCGGAUUAAAACAGCAAAGUCUGUUUCUUAAUUAAUUUGAGUAUUACCUCAUGGAGAUUUCAUGGCACUGUAUAGUUUAAUGUAAACUAACGUUUUAAAGUGAGAAAAAGGGCAAGGUCCUUGUAAAGAUGAAGGAAAAUACUUGUCUAUCCUUUAAGAUAUGAAGUUUCAAAUUUUGAAACUAAAAUUUCUCAAAAUCUCUGAAAUGUGAAGUUUUCAUAUAUAAAUAGAGUAAUUACUUUUAGUUUUGUCAUGAUAAUCCUUUUUGACAGGUAUUUAGUCAUGUAGAUAUACUAUAUACACGAAUUUGUCCAGAGGAAGGGGGAGAGUUUUUAUUUGUGUUCUUUUGACACAACAGUUACUACCACAUGAGUGUAUUAUUUCAAUUUCAAUAUAUAGAGUAUUUCAUUUUUUUAAAUCCAUAGCCUUAGUGUGUUUGUUAGAUUUAAUUAUUAUUCUAAUUUCUUUUGGUCCAUAUGAUAAAAUCAUCUUAUCUUUUCUUUCUGCUGUUUUGGAUUAUAUUAAGAUAAAGUGACCAUAGUUUAUGCCUUGUAGUCAGGAGUUCCUUAGGUUAGAUCCCUGUAGAACUGCACAGAUUUUCUUCUAUGCCAGUUACAUAGAGUUCUCCAACAUUCGGAUGUAGUUUAACCCAAGUGCAGUGAGACAUGACCAAGAGAACCUUUACUUCAUGUUUAAAGAUUAAUUUAUUUUUUUUUGGGGGGGGAGGGGGAAAUAAUGUAAGACAUAACAAAGCAAAAAAAUCACCUGUCCAGACUUUUGUACCACUUUGAGAGGACAAUAAUUUGUACUGAAGUUCAUUGUAUGCCCCUAAUUGGGUUUGUAAUGUUCAGAAGCACUUCGGCUGGAUGUAACUAAUAAAGAUUCAACAUUCUUCCACUCCUCGAGCUUCCUGAAGUAUGAUUAAAACUCCAUUGUUCACUACUUCCGUACGUAUGUGACAUGAAGUAUUUUCUUGAAUUCCAUGAAAAAGUUUUACAUAACCUAACGUUGGCAUUUUGGGUAGACAUAACCUUGCUGCUUGAAAAUAAACACCCUUCCGACCAAUACUUAGAGCCAUGUAAGCUUCAAACUUCUGUUCCAUGUGUCAUGCAAAUGCAGAGCAUGUCUGUGACAAUGGGGCUAACUAACAACCCACUGCACUGGUUUUUGUUGGACUAGAGUGUAUAAUAGUUAUACACAGAAGCCAUUUUGUUACUUCAUGUUCUGUGCAUGGAUCUGAAUACAUAAUCAAAAGAUUUUUUACGUCAGGUACAUCCCACUGAUAUGCUUUUAGAUGCUAUAACAAACAGCUUUUUGAAAAAUGUGUAAUAUUUAGCUAGACAUUAAUAAUAAUAAUAAUAGAUAGCAUUUGAAUUUGCAUAGCGCAAAUUCCCGCUCAACAGCAAGCUCUAUGCGCUUUACAAAUAAAUAAAUACAAGAAAACAUUUCUAGAUACACCAUGCAUUCCACACUUGCUCGACCUGCAUAGUCAUUUUUAUAUGACAUGCUUUGUACACCAAGUGUAGUUAGAGGGCCGAUUUUUCAUUCUGAUUUCUCAGUACCUUGCAGAAGUAUAAAGUAGCUGCUGAUGAAAUGUUACAGUUACAGUACAGCAUCAACCUCUGCAGAUAAUUUUGUAGAUUUAUACUACUCUUUUAUAAAAAAUAUUUCAGUAUUUUGAUGACUUCCUAAUGGACAAUAAAACAUGAUUUAAUUAUAUACGUAGCCAAAGUCAAUUUCAUCACAGAUGUGUUGGAGUGGAGAAUGGGGAGUUUCAUAAAGUUGCAUUAAAAUUGUUUUUGUUUUUUCUUAAUUUAAAGUAUGUGAUGCUACUGAUUUAUACCUUUAUUCUGUUGUUGUUUUUAGUUUGGAUUUUUUUGGCAAGUUUGUUAGUAAAGUGUAAUUGUGUGCAGUGGUUCUCAUUGUCUUCAAUUAACGGCUCAAUCCAAUUCUAAGAUUCAUGAAAUUGUACUGUUAGAUUUCAUAUUUAUACUAAAUUCAGUGAAAAGAAAAAGAAAGAAUCUGUGUAUCAAGGAUAUCUUUUGACAUAUUUUUUUUUGUAAUAAUUAAUUUUAGACUUUUAGAAAAAGGAAACAAAACUUGUGUUUUGUGUGAAACCUUUUUUCAUCAACCUGCUCAGUUUAAUAAUAAAGUUUAUAAAGUCUUA